AGGGUGUAGGCUCGCGGGGACUGGCCUCCUUCAGCAGCUGGAGGCGGUCACUCGCGCAGGGCUGGGGGCUGAAGCAAGAAGGGCCAUGCGGGCGGCGAAGGAGUCUAGACCCUUCAGUCCGGUGCUCUUCCCUCGCGCGGCGGUGGCUCUACGGCCGCGGGAGUAAACACUGCCUUUGUUCCCUAGCGCCUCGUCUCUUUCGCCGCCCAGUCCCCUCACGCCGCCGCGCUCCGGCUGGCCCACCCUCGGUCCCUGAACCCCAUUUCGGCUCGUGCCGCGCGGAUGCGGCUGCCGGGCCUGGGAUUGGGCAUUGAGCGGGAGGAGGAGGAGGAGCGGCGGCGCCUGGGCGGCAUGCGAUGGGGAACUGCUGCUGGACGCAGUGCUUCGGGCUGCUCCGCAAGGAAGCGGGGCGGCUGCAGCGAGUAGGCGGCGGCGGAGGAUCCAAGUAUUUUAGAACAUGCUCAAGAGGUGAGCACUUAACAAUAGAGUUUGAGAAUCUAGUAGAAAGUGAUGAAGGGGAGAGCCCAGGAAGCAGUCAUAGGCCUCUUACUGAGGAAGAAAUUGUUGACCUAAGAGAAAGGCAUUAUGAUUCCAUUGCCGAAAAACAAAAAGAUCUUGAUAGGAAAAUUCAGAAAGAGUUAGCCUUACAAGAAGAGAAGUUAAGACUAGAAGAAGAAGCUUUAUACGCUGCACAGCGUGAAGCAGCCAGGGCAGCAAAGCAGCGAAAGCUCUUGGAGCAAGAAAGGCAGAGAAUUGUGCAGCAAUAUCAUCCUUCCAACAAUGGAGAAUAUCAAAGUUCAGGACCAGAAGAUGACUUUGAAUCUUGUUUGAGAAAUACAAAGUCACAGUAUGAAGUUUUUCGAAGUAGUAGACUCUCAUCAGAUGCUACAGUUUUGACACCAAAUACAGAAAGCAGUUGUGAUUUAAUGACCAAAACUAAAUCAACUAGUGGAAAUGACGACAGCACGUCCUUAGAUCUAGAGUGGGAAGAUGAAGAAGGAAUGAAUAGAAUGCUUCCAAUGAGAGAACGUUCCAAAACAGAGGAAGACAUUCUACGGGCAGCACUUAAGUAUAGCAACAAGAAGACUGGAAGUAAUCCUACAUCAGCCUCUGAUGAUUCCAAUGGGCUGGAGUGGGAGAAUGAUUUUGUUAGUGCCGAAAUGGAUGAUAAUGGAAAUUCCGAGUAUUCUGGAUUUGUAAAUCCUGUAUUAGAACUGUCUGAUUCUGGCAUAAGGCAUUCUGACACAGAUCAACAGACUCGAUAGGGUAAAAUUGUGUGACCUUGUUUAUCAGUUAUGACCAAAUGUUAAAAACCAACUAGAAUGUAUAAGUGAUUGUGCUGAGCCUUUUUGUAAGGGAGAUGUGUAAGAAACCAUGUUGUAAAUGCUUAUUUUAUUAGAAAGGAGUAGGGAUGAUAGGAUCUGAAUUGAUACAGAAUCAAGUGCAAUUUCAUCAUCUGCCUUCUGCUUUUCAAGACCAAUUUAAUGGUCCUGUCAUGUUACCAAUUAAAUUUACUUUAAGUCUUUUCUUUAUAGCAUUUCUGUUUACUAUGGUAGAUUUCCACUUUUCCAUUUUUUAAAUUAAUUUUACUUUGAAUGAUUUAUGAAGCCUAUUCAUUGUCUAACUAUGAAAACAUUAAGACUUUUUUUGUUAAUUCUCAGCAGAUGUGAAGGAAGCAUGAGGAGGGAUUGUCAGAUUCAGAUUUAGAAUAGUGUUCCCUUUUCCAGCAUUAUUUAUUUCUAUGACUUCUUUGGAUUUUAUUAUCUAAUAGUAAGUACAGUUGAUUUGAGUAGAUGACUCUAAGAAAUGCAGAAGUAUCAGCAUUACAUGUCCUUAUUUACAUGUCCUAGUAUGAUAAUGUUGAUUCAAUCUGAACAAAAGAUAAUAUAAAAAUAACCCUUCAGAGUUUGGACAUUUCAAGUUGGUAAUAAUAAAAAAUAACACUUAAGAAGAUAUAUAUAUAUAUAUAUAGUUUUUUCCACUUCAUUUUACAUGCCACUAUAUUGACUUUAAUUGAUAUAUAGUAUUAAGUUUUUAGGUACCAUUAUUUUUAAAAAAUUCUAUAUUUCCAAUGAAUGAUCUUAGAUUUUACACAGAACAUAUUCUCUGCAUGAUUUAAGAAAGGAAAAUCUAAAAAGGUAAUACGGGUAUUUCAAAUAAAAUCCUUUCUGGUAUGAAAGGCUCCAUUGAUUUUAUUAAGCUUUCGUUUACCUUGUAGUACAAGGUGCUUUAAUGGGAUAGAACUAAGCAUAUCAAUAUCUAUAACCGCAUUUUGUUAUAGACAAUCAACUGUUCUUUUCUCUAAAAUGUAUGUGUCAAUUUAAAAGGCCAGGAAUAGAAAACACUCCAUAAUUGCUUUCCUUGAUUUUGCUGAGGAUUUGGUAUGAUUUUAGUAAGCAAACUGUUUUUUGGUUUUUCCUUAAUGUUUUUAAAUUUUUUUCCUCUUGCAACAAUGACAGUGCAUGUUCUUAUAAAUAUAGGAAGGUCCAGAUAUAAAUAGUAACCUAAAGUUCUUGCUGUACUAAAAAAAAAAAAAAAUCAUGUGGCCCUUUCAAUAUUUGAACUGCUAAGCAAUGACAUCUGUAGUUUUAUCUCCUUUUUUAUGUCAUAGAAAUUAAUAUACUUUAAAUAUGUAAAUAUAAUACAUUAGGUAAUGCCAUUAUUUAUAUCUGUCUUAAUUUAAGUUGUAGCUGUGUCUUGGAAAUAUUUUUAAGGUAAUCUAUAUUCACCUUGCCUGUGUUAAUGCUUUUUAAAGUUUGUAUACAUCAGAUGUAUAUUUUUGGUUUGGCAUAAGCUACUAUUGUAAUUUUUCUUGGCUUUUUGUUCAUAAAGAAUUUUUUGAAGGAAUGGUAACAAAUGGUAAUUUACAAAUGGUUGUGAAUAAACACAUUUUUACACUUAAAGGUAGUAAGUUAUUUGACUGUUACUGGUUUUACUCCAUAAACAUGCAAGUAUUCUGAUUCCUGACUUGUAAUUAUUUUAUUAAAUCUGAUGUGAAGACAAAAAGAAGUAAAUUAAGAAAGCAAGAUGGAACUAAACUUGAAAAUGUGUUUUAACUGUUAAAAAAAGUUAACAUUUUGUGUUUAUAAAAAGUACUAGAAAUAAUUUAUUCAGCAAAUAUUGGAAUAGUAUUAAUAUUGGAACUGGUGGUGGGUGUUAGGGACAUAGAAGUACAAAGACACAUAAGGUCUCUGCUCUUUGCUUACCAUUCUGGUGAGAGAGAUAGACAAUAAUAAGUAAACAUAUGUAUAAGAAAAUCACAGGUCACAGAAAAUAUACAAGAUUAUAGGAGAGAGAGUAACUGGGGGCCAAUUGACUACUUCUCAUAGGUCAGGAGAAUCCUCUCUGAGGAGAUACCUUGGCUAAAACUUAAUUGUUUUAAGUUUUCAUUGUUAACUUGGCUAAAACCUAAUUGUUAAGCAGGAACCAGUCAAGUAAAAAAGCCUGGUGUGAAGCAUGUUAUCAGCAAAGGGUACAGCAAGUACAGAGUACCUGAGGUGGGAAAGAGUUUGUUAUGUUCUGUGAAUAAAAAGACCACUGGGAAUGAAGCAUCACGAGUGAGGGAGAAGAGUGGUAAUGAGAUGAUACUGGAGUGGUAGUUAAGGACUAGAUGAUGCAAGACCUUGUAGGCCAAGAAUGAGUUUUAUUCGAUGUGUAAUAGAAAGCUACUGACAUUUUUUGUAAGCAAGGAUGUACAGUCAUCAUAUACACAUUUUCAAAAGAUUGCUUUAGUUGCUGUGUAGAGAAUGGAUUGUAAGAAGGCAAGAGUGGAUGUAUAGUAUUCCCAGUGGAAUAUAGUGUGCCUUGGGUUUACAAUGGUUUUGAAAAGGCAGAGCAGAUUUUACAGGUAGAAGCAUCAGGAUUUUCUGGUGGGUUGGAUGUAAGACUAAAGAAAGGGGUAGAAUCAGAUACUACUGUAGGGUAACACAUCUGGCACGGUGCCGUGGCUACCUUGCUCACUCCACAUAGUCCACGUAGGCAAAACUCAGCCUAGCAGCUGCAAGUGCCCUUAACUGUAACUUCUUGGUUCUGAUUUGACUUAAUAAAUGUAAUGGGAGGAACAGGUUUGGGAAAGUGGGGAAAAUGAAAGAGUUCUAUUUGAAAAGUUAACUUUGAGGUGUUUAUAAGAUGAACAUGUCAAGUUGGUGAUGGGAUAUAUGUCUGCAGCCCAAGAAAGAGGUCUAGGUUCAAGUUUGGGAGUCAUUAGUAGGAAAAUGGUAUUUUAAGUCAUUAAACCAGCUUAGUUUACCCCAGGGGAGCAUAUAGAGAAGCUCAACUAGGUGUUGACAUUUAGAAGUUGGGGGUAGGGAAACAGCCAAAAGAAACAGAUACAGGAGAAAUGCAGGAACCAGAGCAUAGUGUCACAGGGGCCAGGAAAUCAGAGGGCUCAACAAUAGCAAAUGCUUUGAAAAGAGGUCUGCUGCUUUAGUUGCAUUUGGGGACAGUUAUACAAAUGAAGGGAUGGAAACUGGGGAGUUGGGGAUGAGGAAUAAAGAACAGCUAAUGCAGACAACUUGAAAAGAGCAGAGAAAUGGGGUAGCUGGAAGGGGAUGUGAAGUUAUAGAAAGGUUUUUAUUUAAGAUACUAGUUUUAGAGUAGGUAGAUAGGCAGAUAUGAACAGAGCAGGACAGGGCCACAAAGAAUGUCAGGGCUGGUGACAGGGAGGGGAAAAUCUAACGGGAGACAUCUUGAGCUCAUGGGCAACAACUUCCCAAUAAGAAUUUAAGAUGACAGAGUUUGGCCUUCCUCUGGGGGCAUGUCCAGGCACGCGCAAUAAGGGGCAAAAUGACAGAGUUUGACGAAUAUAUGACCUUCCCACGGGGCUUGGCAGGGGGGCGCUAGCCCAGUAAGGGAAAAUUGCCUUAAGAGAGCAUGUGCAUAACUUCAACCACCAAAAGACACUCCCAGAUACUGGCAAACCACUCCACAUACAGGGAGGAGAAGAGACAGGGAGAAAAAAUAGGAAAUAAUAAACCUCUAAGAACCCUAAGACAAAGGUCAGGCUGGGUGCUCAAUCUUUUGACGUCCCCCUUGGUUCCAUCCAAGUGUACUUUUUUUUGCUUCAAUAAACUCUUGUUUCUGCCUUAAAUAUACUUCUGUCUCUUGGCUGAAUUCUUUCUCCCAGGAAGACAAAGAUCAAGGACUAUGGAGCCUGCCCAUACUCACCACUGGUAACACUAGAACUUUUGAAAUGAUGUAUUUUGGGAUUAUACCUGCUUUUUUUUUUCAAUAGAGAAAUAUAUUUUUCUAGCAGAGGCCAGAGGUUUCAUUUAACUAUGUAAAUAUGUCCUAAUCAUAAUUUCUUGAGAAUACAGACAUCUAAAAAAGAUUUUAUAGUAAAUAUAUAGUAUUUUCCCAUCUUCAUUUAUUUGGUAUUUCUGGUUAAUUAUCUGACAGUAAAGGAGUUUACAAAAGAAAUCUGAGAUUCCACAUUGAAAUCCUAAAUAUAAAACAACAACAAUAACAGCAAAAACGGAGAGAAACAGAA